UUGCCAAAUCUAUUCUGUCCGAAGUUAGAUUCUUUUUUACUACCUUAAUUGACAUGUCCUCUUUUACUAAUACUAUUGCUGUUAUUUUAGGUCUUCUACCUUCUUCGAGAUGGUAAAGCAAGAAAUAAUAUAUGUACAGAAUAAAAUAGAUGGGUAAAUCACGUUGGUAUGCGUUUUUAUAUUUUAAUAGUAGAAGGUGUGUAUGAUGCCUUUAAAUAAUUGUAGGGCUUAAGGGAAUUUAACAUGUCAGAUCAAUAGUAAAUUAGAAUAUCACUCAAUCUUUGGUAAUUACUGAUUCAUUACAUGUAUGAACAUAUAUUCAACGUUUUUAUAGUUUAUUUAUCUCAACAUUUUAUUUGAUUCCUUAAUUGUCUGAUUUCCAUUGUAGAGGGGAAAAGAUUGUCUUGGUGACAUCAUUUAUCGCUACAUAACUGCUGACCAGUUCUCACCAGAAUGUUUACUUGAUUGCCUGGACCUGUCAUCUGAACAUCACACUCUGGAAAUAGCUAAUCGGAUAGAGGCAUCAGUUCAUGUCUGGAAGCAAAAAGACCAGAGGAAACUUGAAAAAAAAAUGAAGGCUAGGCGUUCGUCUUGGGGUGGCAAAGUCAAGGGCCUUAUAGCUGAUUGCGAAAAGAAUAAUUUUUUGGCCCAAAGAGCAGAGACCCUCUUACAGAGUUUAAGGCUUCGCUUCCCUGGCCUCCCGCAAACUGCAUUGGAUAUGAAUAAGAUCCAAUACAAUAAGGAUGUUGGGCAGUCAAUUCUUGAAAGCUACUCAAGAGUAAUGGAAAGCUUGGCCUUUAACAUAAUGGCCAGGAUAGAUGAUGUCCUUUAUGUGGAUGAUGCGAAUAAGCGUUGUGCUGCUGCAGAAUCAUUGUCCCUUUUCAGCAGGGGAGGACUAGGUGGUCUUCCUAUUCAGAAACGAAUGUCUCCUAGCCCCUUCUCAAUCCACCACACUCCAUUUGCCUCUCCAUUUGGAACUCCAACCUUUUGUUCUUCUACUCCCAUAAUGGGAAGCCCGGGGAGGGCACCUUCCUCUCUAAGGAGGACCAGUUUUAAGGAAGCAACGGACCCGAAGUCAGAAAAAUUAGUAGUCCCUGCAGAUUAUGAUAAGGUGUGGUCAUAUGCUGGGAAUCUCAGUUCAAGAAGGGUUUCAGGAGAUGCUCCAGAGCGAGAUUGAGUUCAAGUAAAGUUAUCCUUCUAGGGUGAAAUUAAGUUCAAACAGUUAACUGAAAUUAACUAAAGAGUUGCAUAGCUAGUCUGGAAGCCUUAAGGCUGUGGGGAACAAAAAAAUGGCAGGGUGUAAUAUUGUAUAUUCUGUUAGCAAUAUAAUCAGGAAGGUUUAAAGUUUUGACUUCAGAUCAUGGUUUUCACCAGGUGAUAGGUGAAGAGCGAAGAUUAUUUUUUCUUAUAUUUUGGAUGCUUUCUGAACCUUUCUUUUUCCAUGUCAAAGCCAAUAUGACGUUCCCACUGAGAGCAUGAUUGAUUCCUAACUAUUGACAGUUUUAAA